GCCAAUACGUUCAUUGUAUCCAUUCCUGUUUUGCGGACCUCAUCGCGCUUUGGGCCAAGGCCAAUGAUUCCAAUUCAAGCAGGAAGAUAACGUCCGGAGGGCUACAAAGAUGACGAAGGUCAUCCGACAGAAGAUGAAGAGGGUCAUCCGACAGAAGUUCAUCCCUUUGGGGACAAAGGAUGCGACACGCGUCGAGAAUGGCAGAUAUGUAUUUGCUUAUACCCAUAUUAUGACGAAGCAGGUGGUGUACUCCCUACAACAGCAGAUGAAGGGCAGUGCGAUGCUGCGACAGAUCCCCUUUGUCGGAAAGAAGUCGAAACCGGCGGCCAUAAGAAAAGAUAAUUGGGUGCCACUCGUCACAUUAUGUUUUCCCACCGGUCGACAAGGCCUCGAUGCCUUCAAAAAGCUCCGAGAACUCCGGAAGCUCCGAGAACUGCAUUGGAAAGAACUUUUCACAAGAGAAGACGCGAAACGCCUCGACAUGCCCAAGCACCAGUUUUUACCCGACCAGAGGGGAAUUGCGCGACACUUGAUGGAUCAGAAGGCGAACUCGGUUGCGGACGUGGCCAAGGUGCUACGAUUACAAGAAGAAGCGGGCGAACGACAGCAAGAGAAGGCACAGACGCUAGAAGCCAAAGCGGCCGAAAAGGCUGCGGAAGACGAAGCUCGAGACCGAGAGCUCGCGAGGCUGGCGACGCCGGAGGAGCUCGAGUUAAUUAAGGAGAAAAUCAAGUCCGCACGAGCGGAACUCCUGGAAUUAAAGGGACUGGAAGAGCAGACCCAAGAAACCCGCGAGCAGCGCACGAAGCUCGGAAAACGCAUCUGGAAUCUUCAGAUCCGCGACCGGCGCAUGCGCCUUGCUGUUCAGACAUACGGUCCCAACGGCGAUGGCCCCUCCCCUCCGCCGCCUACCCCGGAGGAGCAGGCUGCGCGCGAUGCGGAAGAAGACCAACGGGCCGAGCUCUAUCGGGCAGGCAAGCUCCCGCUGCCGAAGCACGGACAUAGGCGGAACCUGAUGUUGGGCAAACAGCCGUCCGAGUUCACGAUGGAAGGCGUGCAUCUCCAGUGGUACAACUUCCCAGAUAACGAGUACGCGCCCGACUGGCCGGAGGCGGUGGAGCAUAGCGAGAUGUCGCGGGUACAGUGGCGGGUGGAUUCGGCGCUGGUCCGGGCGUUCCCCGAGGUGUUCCAGGACGUGGCGAGGGAGCAUACUAUCGAGGGGGAGACGGAGGAGGCGCCGACGAAGAACUGGGGCGAGCGGGCGGUCGCCGUGGGGUUCGUGGCGCCGGAUCCGAGGGACCCACCGGCGCCUAGCCUCGAGGAGAUCCAAGAGCGAUUAAAUCAGGUGCUGGCAGAAGGAAGCCUGGAGGGGCAGAGGCAGAGGUUGAGGGGUGAGAGCCCGACAUUGUUGGAGCCGGCGAGGGCCCCGGCAGCGAUCAAGAUGCAGCAAGCACAACCUCAAGAGAUGUCGGUUUGGGACCGAUUGAAGCAUCGGUAUCCGAGGGUGUUUGGGAAGCCGGUCCAGGAAUUGCAGGUGUGAUGACUUGGGGGUUUACAUUUCUGAUCGGUUGGCGGAGGGAUGGUGUCGUCUUGGUGCAUACGAUAUACAGACAUAUUAUAGAGGACUAGUUGUAUAGCAAGGCGCAAUGUCCUUGUAUUCACGUGUACAAUUGGUGUAAAAACAGACGUUUAUUAGACUUACUACUGAAAGAUGAAUCCCAAAGCUCGAAG